AUGGCGGCCGAACCACCAUCUCCUGAAUUCCUGGCGGAAAGCCAGGGACCAACGGUCAAGGCCGUAAUGUGGUUGAUGUCGGGGCUCGCAGCCUCGUUUGUGAUGCUUCGCCUUUAUGUGAGGCUGCAUCUGAAGAGGGUUUUUGGUUGGGAUGACUUGAUGGCUGUUGUUGCUGCCGGUUGCCUUCUCGGUUAUGCCGCCAAUCCCAAAAACCUCAUUGCAGCCGCACGGUUCAGCAGCAUCAGUCAGACUCUGCCCAUCAUGUCUUGUGCACUCGGCAAGACUGCAUUUGCCGUUACCCUGUUGCGAAUUGUCGUCGAGCGGUGGAUGAAGUAUCUGCUCUGGUUCAUCAUCAUCACGAUGAACACCGUCAACACCUUGGCAGCAUUGUUCGUCUUUGUGCAAUGCAAGGAUCCAUGA